GCACGCCACGCUCGCGCCCUCCUGCUCUCGCCCUAUCUCGCCAGCCAUGUCGUUCGUGUUCCGCGGGUACCUGCGGCUGCUGCAGAGGUACACGCUGGCGACGCAGAUGGGCACGAGUGCUGUCACGGCGUCAGUCGGCGACCUGAUCUACCAGACGCAGUUCGAGGACAAGCGGUUGAGCGAGGUCGAGUGGUACCGCACGCGCCGCAUGUGUAUCUACGGUGGCCUCGUCUGGGCGCCCAUCUCGAACCGGUGGCACACUCUCGUCCUGAACCGCAUCAACCUCCAGGGCCGCGUCAAGACCGUCCUCGCCCGAACAGCGAUCGACCUGUCCUUCUUCUCGCCGUUCGCCACCUGCCUCUUCUACACGUCGCAGGGCGCGUUCGAGGGCCGACCGCUGCGCACGCCCGCCGUCCCCGACGCGCCCCAGGGCAUCUACGAGCGGCUCGAAGAGCGCCUACUGCCGACGGUACAGAAGCAGUGGGCCGUGUGGGGCCCGGUCAACCUCAUCAACCUGAGCGUCAUCCCCGUCUACGGCCGACCACCGUUCGCAAACAUGGUGAGCAUCGGUUGGAACGCCUUCCUGGCCGCCGGCGCCGCUCGAGGCGGCAUUCCUCCCGGCGGCAACACGAUGGAGCUCGAGACGUCUCUCGCAGCUGCCGAGGCCAUGGAGUGAAGCACCCUCCUCCCUGCGCUAUAUACCCCGACC